AUGGAGGCUCCAGGUGGGGCGGGGACCCCAGAACGGGUGAAAGAAGCCCAAGCGCUGGAGCGAGCCACAGGCAUCCCGGCACAUGGGCCGGUGGAGGAGCCUCCCAGCCCCCCUGCCGAGGAGCAAGGCGGGAUCCCCAUCCCCAGCUCCGGCCUGCUGCAGGUCGCCGAGCGGAGACAGCCCCUGAGCAGCGUGUCCUCCCUGGAGGUGCACUUCGACCUGCUGGAUCUGACCGAGCUGACAGACACGUCGGACCAGGAGCUCGCCGAGGUCUUCGCUGACUCCGACGAUGAGAACGUAGCCAGCGAGUCCCCUGCCGGUCUGCACCCGCACCCCAUCCCUCGGGCAGGGUACCUGCGAUCCCCCUCCUGGACAAGAACCAAAGGCGAGCAGGGGCGGGAGAAGAAACACCUCAGUGACUCGGAGCUGCAAGCAGGCGUUGUCGACACGUUCCUGGCCGUGGAGAGGCCCCAGGAGGAAUAA